AUGGCGGUCCAGUCCAACCCCGCCAUUUUGGCGCACCUCUCGCACGCCCUCGCCCGCAUCUCGCGCAUCCCGCCGCGCACGAUAGCCAGCCCACCGACCCAGCCGCGGAGAGCCAGCGUCGCCAUCCUCGUCCGCGUCAGGCCCUCGCUCGAAGACGAGCGCUUCCUCGCACAGCAGCACGAGCGCGAUCCGGAAGCCCAGCAGGCCUUCCAGCCCGCCGCCUCGGCCGACCUCUCAGCCAGCGCCGCGACCGACGCGCUAGGGCAGAGCGGCAUCCACGUCAGCCAGGCCUCGCUCGCCCCCGGUGCCUCAGAGGACCUCUCGAUGUCAGCAGCGACCACCGCCGACGUCCACGCCGCCGGCAGCAGCAGCAGCAGCAUCGGUCCAGGCAGCACCUCGUCGCCCGACCUGCUGACCACGCUCAACGGCUUCUUUUCGCAGCCCUGGGUGCAGCGCGGCACGCCCGAGGUGCUCUACAUCAAGCGCGCCGCCCGGAUCAGCGACAAGUGGUCCGCCCACGUCGCCUUCCCCGGCGGCCGCAGGGAAGAGGGCGACGAAAACGGCCUGUACACGGCCAUGCGGGAGACGUGGGAAGAGGUGGGCAUCGACCUGGCCGAAAAGGAGUUCCAGUGCGUCGGCCAGCUCGACGACCGCGAGAUUACGACGAGCCUGGGAAAGAGGCUGCUCAUGGUUCUCAGCCCGUACGUCUUUGUGCAGACGUCGCCCUUUUCGCCGCUGCCGGACCUGCAGCCGUCCGAGGUGGCGUCGGCGCACUGGAUCCCGCUCUCGCUCCUCUACACGCCCUCGCCAAAGUGGGGUACCGAGAGCGUCGACAUCUCGAGCCGGCUGGCGCCAAAGAGCCCGCUGGUGCGAUGGAUGCUGCGCGCCCUGGUGGGCAAGAUGGACUUUAAAUGCGUGCUGCUGCCCAACGAGCCCGUCGCCGUGGCCGAGUACGACGAGGAGGAAGAAGAGCUGGCGCGCGCCGAGGCCCAGGGCUACAACAGCCGCGCCCAGCACGACGGACAGGCGGGCGCCAAGAUCGCCCAGGCCGAGUACGAGUCGCCCGACCGACCCGAGCUGAGGCUGUGGGGGUUGACGUUGGGCAUGACGCUCGAUCUGCUUUCGCACAUGACGACCUACCGAUCCGACACCACGCUCGAUUCGAGGCCGGCCUCGACGGGCGCAACGACGCCGUUUGUCUCGCUUCCCUCUUCGCCUCGAUCUGCGCCACCGCCGGCGCCGGGAGCGGGUGCAGGACGCGAGGCGCUGCCGACGACACUGCAGACGCUCCUGUCUGAGCCGCUGAAUACGACCAACCUCAACCGGAUCCUGACGCGGAUCCGCGACGAGUUCCACCUCAACCCGCCGCCGCAGGCGCACGCGCUGGCGCCCAGCCUCUCGUCGACCUUCCCGCGCUUCUCGUACCCGGACGUCAACUUUUGGAUCUGGGUGUUUGGCUACCGCUACCGAUCCGUCGUGCGCGGCUGGACGGCCAGCGUCGGUACGCCCGCAGAGCGCAAGGCAAACUGGAGCGGAAUGGCCCUCGGUGCUUUUUACUCGGCAGUGAGGAGGGCGCUGGUGGUCGCCGUCGUGCUGCGGGCUCUGGGCAUGCUGAGCACCGCAUCAGUGGCGGCCUGGCUGCUGGGUCGACGCAUCAACCGCAGUCGCAAGGGUCUUGCCGGAUUCGGGCUCGACGAGCUGCUGGCGUAG